AACAAGGUAUAUUUAUGGUAUAUGAUAUAGUUUGCACAUGUUCUUUGUUUUAAAUUUCAUUAUAUUUUAUUUGCAAAAAAAUUUUUUUCAGAUUGAUAAAGUGGUAUUAAUUAUAUUGUAUAACUAUGUUCAUGGAGAUAAUGAUCAAUUUCAGUUAUUUACUUUAUAUUCUGUUGUGACAUUUCAUACAAAAAUACGUCUAUUUCAGUUUGAAAAUGUGUUAGUUAACAGUGUGUUAUUUGGACAAUAUUUUAAUUACCCUUCAACAUCCUUAUUUGCAUAUAAUGUUAAUUUGACUUCGGAUGUAAUUGUUGCAAGUUUGAAUUUUUCAAUUGAUGGUUUCUUUGAUUCUUCAAAUUUCAAUAGCCUUAAAGUACGUGUCUACUUGCUAGUGUCUCAAGAUAAUUUAUUCAAUAAUACAUUUAAAAGUCUAAAAAAUAUGUUGUAUACUUACUCAAAGUUAUAUUUAAAAGAACAAUUUGUGUCAUUUGUUAUGAUACCUGGAUACAACUGUAUUGAUUUGCUAAAUCUUUACAAUAAUGCUUUAAAUAAUCAUUUUGGAUUUGUUAAUUAUAUUGGUAUUGUUGUUAUGCCCGAUGAUAAAUUACAAACUGAUGUUUUUUGUAAAGCCUUCAAUAAUCGCAUUAAGUUGGGGAUAUCAUACAAAAAAGUUAACAAACCUCUACUUAACGUGGAAUAUGAUGGAAUCAUAAAUGAAACAUUUGUCAAUAUUACUUUUUAUCUGAGUUACGCAAAUAAAUCUGAUAAAGCUGUUAACUUAAUUUGGGAAUAUUUAUUACCAUCUUUUGUAAAGUUAAAAUCAGAGAUUACGCAUUUGAAUGUUGUAAAAGUGUUUUCAAACAAUCUUAAAUAUAAGAUCUCCAAUUUGACAGACAGUGGAAUUUAUCAGAGUUUAACUGCCACAAUUAAUAAUCCAAGCUGUUUGUUUGAUGGCUCAUACACCAUUGAUAUUCCAAUAAAACUAUAUUUUGAAAAUAUUGUUGGAGUAUCUUGGACAAUGUUUAGAACAGUAAGAAAGUAUUUAAAAGAAAACUGUCCUAUUGAUAUUGUACCAAGUAUAUCAAAUCAUUUAUUAGGAUAUUAUGGUCGAGGUAUAUAUUUGGAUUAUGUCAAUUCACAAAUAUAUCUAUGUAAAAAUCAGCAUACAACAAUAUUACAAAAAUCUGCUUGCUACAUUUCUAAAGAUUAUGGUAUGUUAUGGGAAGAAAUAGAUAUUCGUAUUGGCGCAAUUCUAGGUCAUCACAUAAUAAGUCGAGAGUUAUAUGCCAUGCAUAGAAACCAGAAAUUGUAUUUGGUGUUUUCUAAUAUGUUAAAAAAAUGGUUAGCUGUAACAAAUCAUGAGUUUAAAAUUAGUAUUGCAAACAAUCUUAAUUGGACACAGUUAAAAACUUUGGAGGGAGAUUCUGAUGAAGUUAUAAAAUUUGGAACAAAUCAAUUGAUGGGAAACGGAUCUGGUUUAUUUUUCCGAAAAUCGAUUAACGAUAUCUGGAAUCAAAGUUUUAAAUGGCAUUUUUGAUAAAAAAAAUAUUUUUGUAAGCCUUUGAAGAUUUGUUAAGUUUAAAAUAGCUUCUUAAGAAAUAAAAGUGAUGAUACCAAAAUUUUUUAGUGUUUGUUUUGUAUGAGUUGAAUGUUGACGUGUUGCAUGAGAAACAUAAAUUGUAACUUAAUUUAUAAUAAAAAUGUAAUUUUGAUUUUUUUCUUAAUACUAUACUUACUAUA